AAAAACGGUAUUCGCGAGCGUAUUUUUCUGAUCAAUCACCUCAAUCACACAUCUAGAGGCGUGGUAUACCGUUGUAUGGUAUGUCUGUCGGUGUGACACUUUCAGGUAUACAAAACAGUUGAAUUGCUAUCGACUGGAAUCGCGAACACCGCUAGGCGAGCAGUGAUAAUGAGUCACUAAUCAGUAGAACGUGGAUAAGAUAGGUCGGGUUUUGUCGGUGGAGUCAGUGAGAUUUUCACGGUCCUCUCGAAGUUAUUGCUUGGAGUCAAAAAAAUGCCAUUCAUUGUGGUAGAUGUAUAUGCCUUCUCACGUUGAUGACACAAAGUGAAAGUUUUCUCCAUAGUUGCGAACGAGUGCCUUAUAUACCUUUAUGAUCACGAGUUUGGAUUUCGGCUGCAGACGGAAUUGAUUAAAAAUCAUCGUUUAUCUUAUCAAAAACUGUUUUACGAUAGAAAAAAAUUUCGAUACCUGCUGAAAUUCAAAGACACUAUAAUGGCAGCCUAUCUCAAUAACCAACAACAAAUGCAGAGCCCAACGGACGCACCUCAUGAAAUAAUUCCACUACAACGUUUGACCACUCGAGAAGAAGCUACGGAACGACAACGUAUCCGUGAUAUCUUCGAUAAAUAUGAUCGAAACAAGACCGGUUUGUUAUCGAUUCAAGAACUUAAGCGGAUGAUCAACAAUCGGAGAUGUCCGGAUCUACCAAAAGGAUUUGCGAAAAACCUUUUAAAAACCGCUGAUCAGAACAAUGAUGGUCAUCUGGAUUUUGAGGAAUUUUAUCAGAUGUCCCGAGAACAUCACUAUCUGUUCCGGGAUAUGUGUGUACGAUACUGUAAAUUGGUGGUACCUAGUCGGAAUCCAAUGACAGUAGACGAAACUGGCCCAGCAUCGGCAUUCCAACGACAAAUAUCCACUGUGACUGUUAUUUCCGAACGAGAUGGCGAGUAUGAACGUAGCAUGAGUCUUUGGCCCCCUCCGUUGACUAUGAUAGUAUUUUCGAUAGUGGAAAUCAUUUUCUUCGUCAUAGACAUUAUUGAAACCAAUAAUCAGAUGGGAACUAGUACCAACGGUCCAAUGGCAACGCUAUUCAUCUACAAUCCUCAGUUGAGGCAAGAAGCGUGGCGAUUUGUUACUUACAUGUUCGUUCAUAUAGGUUUCAUGCACAUUGUAAUGAAUCUAUUGGUGCAAAUAUUCCUGGGUGUUGCACUGGAAUUGGUACACUGCUGGUGGCGUGUAGCUCUAGUUUAUCUAGCUGGAGUCUUAGCAGGAUCAAUGGGUACUUCAAUUUUCUCACCGCGAGUGUUUCUAGCCGGAGCAUCCGGAGGCGUUUAUGCUCUCAUCACUGCUCACAUUGCCACUAUCGUUAUGAACUGGAGCCAAAUGGAGUAUGCAAUCGUACAAUUGUUCGUGUUCUUGGUGUUCUGCGUGACCGAUUUAAGCGUAUCGAUCUACAACAGCAUUUACGACCCAUUUGACAAAGUUGGUUACAUCGCACAUGCCAGCGGUGCAUUGGCAGGCUUUCUGGUUGGCAUUGGAGUUCUACGUAAUCUUAAAGUUAACGCAUGGGAAAGAAAGCUGUGGUGGUUUGCUGUUACUAUCUACUUCCUGCUUAUGGGUGCCGGAGUUUUAUUCCAUAUUUUCUACCCGGAUCGCUUUUUCCCUAAGUUUGCCUAAGGCAGUUUUCUGUUAAUUUUAUUGAUUUCUACUUAGUUUACGACGAAAACGAACGGAGUUUAGUUAUAC